AUGAAGAUUCUAUUAUUUUUACUCUCCUUAAUAGUCAGAAGUAGUCAGCUGAUGCUGAGUGAGUGUGGAACAGAAGCAAGACGGCCAAAGGUCAAUGACAUCGCAGUGGAGUGUGGUACUACAUCCAUUGCUCUGGCAAUCGAAAUCUGCCCCGUCAUGUACACUGGCUACAACGAGACUCUACUGAUCCUGAACCAUCAGAUGGACCCAGCCUGUAGAGCAACCCUUGAUGAAUCUGUGACUCCACCUGUUGCUCGCUUUAAUUUCCCCCUAAAUAUGACCCACGCCUGUGGAAGUGUAUUCAGGACCAUCAGUUCUGCUGGGACAGGCAUAUUCUCUGACUUUUCCAACAUCCAGACAGUCAACAUCAGCGGCAUUGUUCGGUCCAUUGAUCCCACAACAGGCACAAUCACUUACAAUGCUGAGCUGAAGUACUACUACUCCUGCGCCUAUCCCUUAGAAUAUCUGAUCAACAACACCCAGGUUGAUGUGUCGGCUUCCUCCAUUGCAAUCAAGGACAACAAUGGGAGUUUCAUCAGCACCUUGAGCAUGGAGCUGUUCACUGAUAUCAACUACACCCAACCGAUGGUCAUUCCACAGCUGGGGAUUGAACUGAGGACCAGUGUGUACGUCGAGGUCAAAGCAACUAACUUGACAGGCCAGUACCAUGUCUUGCUUGACCGGUGCUAUGCCUCCCUCUCCCCAUUGCCCUCUAAUUCCAGCUUCUUCAACCUGUUUGUCCCCUGCUCCAAGGAUCGAUUCACCACCAUGAUUGAGAAUGGAGACAGCCAGACUGCCCGCUUCCACUUCCCAGCCUUUCGCUUCAUUGAGCAGCAGAAUGAGACUGUGUCUACCUACUUCCUUCACUGCAUCACCCGGCUGUGUGAGAAGAGCACCUGCAGCACAUUUAAGCAGUGCACCAACAGGAGAAAGAGGAAUGCCCUGGACACACCUGCAGUGGACAUAACUGAAACUUACACCCUCACCUCUCCAGAGAUCAUCACCAAAGCUGAGACUACAGAGUCCAAAGAGAAGCCCCUUGUUGCCAAAGAAAAAAAAGAUGACUCUACUGUUGGGCUUGGUGUGGCUGUUGGCAUCCUCGCUUUUGCUUGUUUUGUUGCCCUUAGUGUUGCAGCCAUUUUUUACAAAAGGCUCAGGAACUAA